GUGGUCUUUUGCAAAGUACUGUAUAGGCUAUAUAAAGUCUACAUCUACGCAUAUCUGAAUCCAAAACUAUUUAAUUUUCUUUCCUUUACUAAUAAAACGACAGUUCUCGCCAAUGUAACUGCACCAGUCAGCAGUGGGAGUAAAGCCAAUCACCUGCUGAACCUCACUAUAUUUUUCCGCUCUGUGAUCUGUGUACUUGGUGUCAUUGGGAACGGACUGGUCGUUUACGCAACAGGCUUCAAAAUGAAGAAAACGGUCAACCCCGUCUGGUUUCUCAGCUUGGCACUGGCUGACAUUCUCUUCACGUUUCUCAUCUUUGACAUAGUCAACAUGUCCCAAAAUUCUGAUUGGCCCUUUGGUGAUUUCAUGUGCAAGUUUUACAGCUUGGUCUCUGUGCUUAACAUGUUUGCUAGCAUCCUCCUACUCGCAGCCAUCAGUCUGGACCGGUGCCUGUCCACAUGGCUGGUUGUGUGGGUCCAAAACAAAAGAACACUUUUUAAAGCUAAGAUCUCCUGCUUCUUCAUAUGGUUAGCAUCAAUAUGCUGCAGCCUUCCUUAGUUUAUUGAAGACAGGCAGACAUCAUAUUGCGCACAAGACCUUGACUUAGCAGCUUACAAAUGUUGUGUAAUUUUCGUUUUGGGAUUCCUCAUCCCGCUCCUUAUCAUCACAGGUUCCUACAUGGCCAUUGGUGUACGUGUAAGACACCUCAGACAGAAGACACUGAAACCCUUUAGAACAAUAGUCGCUGUGAUCCUGGCCUUCUUCUGCUGCUGGCUUCCCUUUCAUAUUUACCUUUUCAUUGAUUUGUGGGCUCAUGAAACAAGAUUGAGAAACAAAGAAGUCAACCUUGAUGACUUUAAGGAAGUUAUAGACACUGUGGGACCCUUCAUUGUCAGCCUAGCCUUCUUCAAUAGCUGCCUGAAUCCCAUUCUGAAUGUGUUCAUAUGUGAGGAGUUCAUGGCGAAGCUCAGGCGGUCCUUUGUGGCAGUGUUUGAAAGCGCCUUCGCUGAGGAGCAUCUAGCCCUGCUGGUAUCUCAGUAUUCUAUCAACCAUCGCAAAUCCAGCUCAGCACUUAAUCUUCAGAAGGUGACUCCAACCAUCAAUAAGCAAUCUGAAUGA